AUGCGGGAAGAGAGUCAUGGCUUAAUCUUUAGUGAAUCUGAGGUUAUUUUAGAUCGCGAGAAACAAGAAGCUCGUAUUAUUAUUACCAACACGUCUAGUGUGGAUUAUGGCUUUAAAAUCAAAGCCACCCAUCCAGAGAGUUACAGUGUGCGGCCAAGUACUGGUGUUCUAGAGAAAGGGAAAGAAGUUGAAGUGCUUAUUCGGAUUCUAGCCGGAGAGGAGCAGAUUACUCAGCACAAGUUCUUAAUGCAAUUCGUAGCGGGACACCGCGGGCUGCUUGAAGAGAACUUGCCGCAACUGUUUGGUCUGCCUGGUAUUGAGAAGGUUGAGCGAAGAUUUGCAGUGCGCUACCACCAAGAGAGUAAGAAAGAAGAAGUGCAUGUGGAAAAGGAAGAGAAUAUUCUUUUGGUUCUUGCCAGUGUCUUUAUUAUGUACUAUCUUGCCAUGCUUUUAAAGAAGAUGAUCUUUGGAGGUUAA